AUGCAUCGCACCUAUUCUAUGCGCCAGACGAGGGCGCCAACUGCCUCUCAGAUUCAGAAUCCUCCCCCACCGACCUCGUCCACAAAGUCAGGCCGUCUCUUCGGCCGCGGCGGCUUCGGUCAUGCUCUUCGAGGAAAGACCGCGGGCGCCUUCGGCCCGGACCUAGCUAAGAAGCUGUCGCAACUGGUCAAGAUGGAGAAGAACGUCAUGCGCAGCCUGGAAACAGUGGCAAAGGAGCGAAUGGAGGUUGCUCAACAACUCUCUAUUUGGGGCGAGGCUUGCGACGAGGAUGUCUCAGACGUCACGGACAAGCUUGGUGUCCUAAUCUACGAAAUCGGCGAGCUCGAGGACCAGUAUGUCGAUCGUUACGAUCAGUACCGCGUGACCAUCAAGAGCAUCCGGAACAUCGAGGCCUCGGUGCAGCCGAGUAGAGAUCGCAAGCAGAAGAUCACCGACCAGAUCGCGCAACUGAAAUAUAAAGAGCCCAACUCCCCCAAGAUUGUCGUUCUCGAGCAAGAACUCGUCCGCGCCGAAGCAGAGUCUCUGGUCGCCGAAGCGCAGCUGUCCAACAUUACUCGGGAGAAGAUCAAGGCUGCAUACACUUAUCAGUUUGACGCCCUGCGGGAGCACUGUGAAAAAGUGGCUAUCAUUGCUGGGUACGGCAAGCAUCUGCUGGAGCUCAUCGACGACACACCCGUGACACCCGGAGAGACACGUGCCGCCUACGACGGAUACGAGGCCAGCAAGGCCAUCAUCCAGGACUGCGAGGACGCCCUGACAAACUGGGUCACUCAGAAGGCCGCCGUCUCCUCCAAGCUGUCGACCCGUGCGCGGACGCUGUCCACCCGCCGUCGCAACAACAUCAAAGCCAGGUCGGAGGGCCACGAUUUGUCGCACCAGGACGCCCCGCUUAAUGACCGGGACUCCUGGGUCCCAGCCGGACAGCAUAAGGGCGAAUACGACGAUGAGGACGAGGACGAGGAAGAGGAGGACGACGACUUGGUGGAAAGCGAGAACGGAUUGAACGGCGAGCACCGUGGGCGCACACAGGAGGCUGUUGCUGCUUGA